CACUUGCUAUUCUAUUACUGUAGUCGAGACGAGAAUGGACUGUGAAGGACAAGAGAUAUGACCAUGAAUAAUCUCAAUAUGCUGUCACGUACAAGAAAUCUGCCGAUUCAUAAUYACCAUCAGAGAAGGGACGAUCCCGCCAUAACAAAACGAAUCUGCUCAAGGCUUCUUACUAUGCCGAUGGCGAUUGCUUUGUUCGCAGUGCUUAGUUUGAACAACAUCAUGAUAGCGCUGCGCGAUAACACUAGAAGGGACGACCCACUGUCGUUUUCACUUGCCGCGUUUCUGAAUUCACCCACAGCCCAGUCAAUAAGAGAAGGAGCUAGGGUGGUGACCAUCGACGAAAUAAUAAACCUGCAAGAAAAUGCGAACAAGGGGGUACCCAAGCUGAGGAAGAAAGAAUCGAAUGGAUGGUACAAUGCGAAGACACUGGCCACAAUCAAAAACGAAUUCGAGCACGAUAGUAACGACAGCGAUUCCAACGACGAAAAUUCGAAGGAAACCAGCGACGACUCCCGACAACACAAAAACAAAAACAAAUUCAUGCUGCUUCACGUGGGACCACCAGCAACCGGAGCGCAAAGGAUACAAAAAGAUUCUGCCCUUGAUCGCGGACUGAGAGAGGCGUUGAGAAAGGAUGGGGUUUUAUACGUUGGAAAUUACGCCGAGCAACAGACAAAGAACGAUUUUGUCAACAGCAAGAUCUGUUCACAGAAGUUUGUCCAAACCAAGCUGGAACUUGCGUUCAUGGAAAACUCCUUCGAGUUCAGGGAAAUGCCGAUCACCAACGACCUUUCAGCUCCGGACAAAGUGUGCACCAGCAGUAAAUGCCUGAUGGAUUGUUGGGUGGGCCGCGAACAUCAAAAAUACGAAAAARGAAAGAAGGGCAGGGAAAUCACGACGACGACGACGACGACGAACGUUUUGGAAUUCGAUGGCAUUAUACAAUCGAACGAAAAAGAGAGCUGGAACGAUAAGACUCCCUUUCACCAGAGGUUUAACUACAAGGAAUUCGGUUUUUGGAAGGACUACUUAGGGCACAAUGAGAUAAUUGCAGUGGCAGCGUAUCGGAGAUACUAUUCUUGGAUUUUGGAAGUCUACAAUGAAAUGACCCUUGAGCAUUGCCUCCCCGAACCGAAGCCCAAUCAUCUUCAGAGASUACUCGUAGACGAGCACGGCACUGACAGGGGCGAGAUUGACGAAAUGACCAUUCUCUGGAGGUAUCAAAAUGAUAUUCGAAAGAAAUCCUUGUGGCCCGAUGAUGGAGGUUUCCAUUGCCCAAAUUUGUGGGACUUUGUGAAGUCACAUUUGGAACGAACGGAAAAAGACAACAAGUACGGCGCGAGAGUCUUCGAUAAUAUAGACGUGACGGUACCCGUGAUGAAAAAUGCAUUGAAAAUCACAGGUGACAAUCCUUACGGUCGCGUUGAGAUUUUGAAUUACUACCAGGACCCAACCGCAUACAACAGCAUCACAACCGAACUAUACUGUGGCGUGCUAGGAAUGAGGCGCACCCCUCAUGCCUGCGCCUAUGCCAUGGCAAAUUUAGAUCGCGGUCCCCCCUCCAUGGUCAACAGAAAGGUGCACUAUGAUAUGAUAGUAGUUGCCGCUCAUCAAAAGGGCUGGAUUGGGACCAGCCCCGAGGCUGACGAUCUCGCGAUCAUAGACUUCGACCCCGACGAUAUACCGCAAUACAAUGACCCUAACCAAUCGCGAUACAACCCAGAAAUCGUCCCAAAACAAACGCAAAGGAUUCGAUUACGCAACGAGCUGAUCGAGUAUCACACCCGCCAAUUGAGAAAGACGAUUCUCGACUUGCCUCUGAUUUGCCCCCCGAAAGAGGAGCUGAAGAAUCUUCUCGACAGAUCCAUUGAGUUCGAGGAGUUGGUCAUGCCGGAACUCGCAAAAGACAAGAAAAAUCACGUUAACGAAUUUUGGCGUUCGCACGAAUCUGAGAAGACGUUUUGUUGGGUGGAUACGGAACGCUUGUUCGAAGGUGCCAAUUCGUGGUCGGAUGUGAGGAAGAAAGCGUUGAAAAAGUCUUGGGCAGCUGAUAACUCAGCGGCGGGUCAAAAACGGUGAACGUUUGUCUCUCGUUUCAUCUUGACAAAAAUAGUUUUGUUUCACUACGGAAGCGUUGCGCUCGUUUUGUGUUCAAAACCGACACGUUAAUUUAAAAUCAUUAAUAAAGAAUAAAUGGUGGAAAUUACAGUAUCUGUGACUAUACCAUAGAACUACUUCGAACUGGUAGAAUUGCACAGUGUUCUGCCUAGCUUUCGAGAAGCAACGAGUUCAUGCUGAAAUGCAGUAAUUAUUUGCUAAUGUUUGAGCAGAUUAUCUGCCCAGUGACCGAGAGGUGUGCCAAAGGGACAAGCCAGAGUCAGGAGCAAAAGUUCAGUAAAUGAUGAAUAAUGAA